AUGGGAUCAAGCCUGGGGCUUGGAACUCUGUUGGACACGGACCUCAAGUUCAUCCCCAGCCACUUCAGGCCUGAAAAUGUACUGGCCCCGAAGGGGAAGAAAGUAUCCUUCAAUGUCAACGGAGACUUUUCUGAAAGAUAUGACAUUCUGAACUGGCAGGAGACCCCUAAUGUCUCCUUCUACUCGGUGAAAAUUGGGUAUAUUGAUCCUAUGGCCCCAAAAGACAAAGAACUGAUGAUCAACAAGAGCACCAUCAUCUGGAUGAGAGGAGCAGCGCAGGUUCCCCUCUCGGUCUGCAGCGAGAUGGCCCACUGCUUUGAUUGCAGGCCUUGCCCUGAAGGGCAGUUUUCAGACAGCAGAGACUCCAGACAGUGUGUUGAGUGUCCAGAAGAUCAAUAUCCAAAAAAGAGGAACCACUGCCUCCCAAAAGCAGAAAUAUUUCUAUCAUUUGAAGAAUCUUUGGGAAUGACUUCUGUCCUCACAGCUCUAGUUCUCAUGCUCUUUGUAAAACAUCGAGACUAUCCCAUAGUCAAAGCCAAUAAUAGAGCUCUCAGCUAUACCCUCCUCAUCUCUCUCAUCUUCUGCUUCUUCUGUUCUUUGCUUUUUAUUGGUCAUCCUACAACAGCCACUUGCCUCUUUCAACAUAUAGGUUUUGGAAUUGUAUUCACCGUGGCUAUUUCCUCUGUUUUGGCCAAAAUCAUCACUGUGGUCCUGGCAUUCAGAGCGAAGAAGCCUGGGAGUAGGCUAGGGAGUAUAUGGGCCGCACCAACCUUCAAAACCAUUGUUCUUGUCUGCUCACUGAUCCAAGCAACAAUCUGUGGGAUUUGGGUGGGGACUUCUCCCCCAUUUCUAAACAAGGACUCACACUCUGAGCCAGGCUUCAUUGUCAUUGAAUGUAACAAGGGCUCCAUCACUGCUUACUACUGUGUCUUGGGCUACAUGGGCUUCUUGGCGCUUGUGAGUUUCAUUGUGGCAUGUUUGGCCAGGAGCCUGCCUGACUCUUUCAGUGAAGCCAAGUUCAUUACCUUCAGCAUGCUGGUGUUUUGCGGUGUCUGGAUCUCUUUUCUUCCCACUUAUCACAGCAGCAAUGGGAGGGCCAAGGUGGCUGUGGAGAUCUUCUCCAUUUUAGCCUCAAGUGCUGCAUUAUUCACCUUCAUAUUUAUUCUCAAGUGCUGUCUCAUUCUGCUGAGGCCUGAAAAGAAUGUUCAGGGAUAUUUAAAGAAGAGAUAA